ACAAAAUCACUAAGAAAAUAAGGCAACAUAUUUUGUUUAUAUACAAUUCGUUAAGAGCCACUCGAAGGUACAAAGUCUCCACUCACUAAAACGCCCUAGCCUCUCUUCCACGAUGGCUUUGGUUAGAAACAAUCGAUUCAUGAAUCUCAAGCUUUCUCUUCCACAAGCUCCUUCCACUUCCCUCCCUUGCUUCAUCCCCAUCGCAACAGCCUCAACAACAGUUACUUCCUCCACAAGCAACACCAUCUCUGCUUCUGAUUUGGAGAGAGUCAACGUUCUAGGCUUCGGAAGCGGUGGAACCGUCUACAAAGUCAGCCACAAGACAACCUCAGCGACCUACGCGUUGAAGAAGGUCAAAGAAGACAUGGAUUCUACUUCCCGACACCAACUCCUCCGCGAGAUAGAGAUCCUCCGCCUUGUCGACUCUCCUUACGUUGUAAAGUGUCACGACAUCUACGAGAAACCUUCCGGAGAAGUGUCUAUUCUGAUGGAGUACAUGGACCUUGGUACGUUAGAGUCUCUACGCGGCAACGUCGUCAAAGAGGAUCAGCUAGCUUUGAUCGCACGUCAAGUUUUGAAAGGGUUAAGUUACUUGCAUGGGCUCAAGAUCGUUCAUAGAGACAUCAAGCCAGCGAAUCUGCUACGUAACUCGAGAGAAGAGGUCAAGAUCGCAGACUUUGGAGUGAGCAAGAUCAUGGUCAAGUCGUUAGACAAAAGCAACACGUUCACCGGCACGUGCGCCUACAUGAGCCCCGAGAGAUUCGACAGUGAAGCUGCUGAUGUUUCGGAGGAAGACAAAUCAAACGUUUACGCUGGAGAUAUUUGGAGUUUUGGUCUUACCAUGCUGGAGAUCUUGGUGGGUCACUUCCCUCUGCUUGCGCAUGAAGAUAAACCAGAUUGGGCAACGCUUAUGUGCGCUGUGUGCUUAGGAGAAUCACCGAAAGCUCCCGAGGAAUGCUCUGAAGAGUUGAAGAGUUUUGUUGAUUGUUGUUUACGCAAGAAACCUAGCGAGAGAUGGACAGCUUCACAGCUUCUCAACCACCCUUUUCUUCUCCAGCAAGAUUAGGGUUAGGGAUAUUAUCUAUGAAAUUCUUGUGUUUUAUUUAAGAGAACUCAAAAGAUUCUUAGUGAAUCGAACCUAUGUUUUGAUUUUACUCUUGUAAGAAAAGAUGUAUAUUAUUACUGUCCACAUUGGAGAUCUGCACUCGUUUAUAAAGUCUUUCUAUAUUUUAGGUUUCCUCAAGCUUUAUUUCAAAACAUGAUACCAAACGAAAAAGACAACAAUGGUCUUUAUUGAAUGAGUUUCUCAGAUUCAUAUAGCUUAAUCCUAACAAACAAACACUAGUUAAGGGCAGUAAACCUGUGAAUAAAUUUUUUUUCUCAGAUUUGGUUUAUUCAGUGAUAAGCUUAUUCAAUGAUACUGC